AUGGCAUGUAGUAUAAAAUGGCUUCUGUGAGGUUGUGGUUAACGGCACUACCUACGAAAACGUGAUGUUUCACGUAGAUAUAGGGUUUUCUUGAAGCUUUCAAGAAAUUUAUACAUCAUCUGUGCACGGUGUGGUGUUUUUGUUCUGGUGCUCAAGAUGAAUUGUCACCAGAUUCUUAGUGGAGCCUGCAAUUUAGGCGAUCACUGUUUUGCAGUAGGCAGUGUGGAAGGGAUACCGUUUACGGCGUAUGCAGCUGGCUGCAACAUCGUAAUUCUGGCUAGCACUUUCGAACGAGUUCAGAUAAUUCCGGGUGCUUCCCACAAUUACAUAAGGAUCAGCUGUUUGGAUUGUUCCACCGACACGGGAAAGAUCGCGGCUGCCUAUGACAACGAAGUCUGCAUUUUCGAACCUACUCCGCUUAUCCACAACAGCAGUUCACACCAACUGGACUACAGAUGGGUGCAGACGGGCAGCCUGCAGACGGAGUCGGACAUCUCGUCGCUGUCGUGGAACCUGGAGGGCACUCGGCUGCUGACGGGCGGCGAGCGGCUCCAGCUGUGGCACCAGCAGGUCUCGCCUCACGAGGAGGAGGCGGCCGAUGCAGGCGAGAAUGGCGGGGGCGGGGUGAAGUUCGAGAUCGGGGGCGACUCGACGCAGCCAAUGGCGGGACUGGAGGACGAGGACCGGGGGUGGGAGUGCGUCUGGAAGUGCAACACCGCGACGCCGGUGGUCCACAUGGCCUUCUCCCCGGACGGCACCCUGUUUGCGACGGCGGGCAAGUCGGACCGCCUCGUCAAGAUCUGGUUCGAAAACAAGCAGUUACUUUUUCCAUCGAAAAGUAUGGACCAGUCGUCUGCGUCGUUUGGACAAUCCACAACCAGCGAACUGAAUUUUGGCUUCGUGUACAUCGCCCACCCACGAGCUGUCACCAACCUGUCGUGGAGGAAGACUAGCAAGUAUAUGCCGAAGGGUGCCGUGUCCAACAUGCUGGUGACGUCUUGCCGUGACAACAUCUGCCGGGUGUGGGUGGAGACAGUGUUGCCGGAGGACGGGCUGGUCAACAUGAGCCAGUUCGACCCGCAAGCCACGCAGAACCCAAAGUUCCGGACCCACAGGCACAAGCACCGUUUCAUGCAGAGGCUGAAGCACAUGAAGACCUGCUUCCACAUCCGGCGCAACGCCAAGCACCUGCACGCGGCGCGGGACGGGCCCGGCUCGCGCUUCCUGGGCGUGCCGGUGGGAUCCCCCAUCCCCACGCUCCCCUCCACAUGCAGCGUGCACGACUUCCACAGCUACGGGUACCACGGCACGGGCAUCGCCCCCGGGGUGCACUUCCACCUGGCCGCCAGCAUCAACGCCGAGACAGAUAUACCAUUAGUGCCGAGUCUGAUUACGGAAGAUCCAGAACGGGAACCCAAUUUUAUAUUGCAUUGGAUUAAUAACAAGGAAAUGCAUUUUACCCAGCAAGCAGAGAAUAUUUUGCACGAGCUCACCCGGAAAGUGGUGGAAAAGGAAGAAGGCCUCGACGACGCGCACCGGAAUGGAUCGGACGUUCACGAGUCCGACCAGGAAGAGCACUCACUCAGGAAGCAGCUGCAGCAGCAGCAGCAGCAGCAGCAGCAGCAGCAGCAGCAGGUGCCGUCGCAGCUGUCCCGCGGCGGGAAGCUCGGGAAGGUACUCUCGCAGGACGAGAGCAGCGAAGAGCAUCACGGCAGCUUCCCUUCCAGUGGUCCGCAAAGUCAUCAGUCACUGAGUGCCACCACGUCCAUCAACUCGUUGACGACAGACUCCGGUCCCGUGACGGGCCACGUGACAGACUCGCUGGACGCGAAGAUAGAGGUACUGCUUCGGGACUGGCACCACAACACAGAUUUGCUGUUUGCUGUUCAUCCUGUAGAUGGCAGCUUCCUGAUCUGGGUGGUGGACUGGCUGGACGAGUACCACCCGGGCUCGUUCCGCCAGGCGCAGGUGUCCUUCUCGACGCGAAUCCCGAACGCCUUCCCGCUGGGGGACGCCAUGACCAUGUCGACCAACGUGUGCCUGUACAGCGUGGCGAGCUGCCACCUCAGCUACCGCGAUGUGUUCAAGCCCCCGGCGGCCAGCAAGGGCCCCGUGAGCCAGUCGGAGCCCUCGGACGCGCCCACGCCCCUGCCCAGCGUCAUCGAGGAGGAGGGGGACGCCCCGCAGGCCACCGACGAUGAACAAGCUAAUGCUGCUAAGACAUCGCACGUUCCAAAUGGACCGGCAUCAACUACGGGCACAGAUUCUGGCACGGGUAGCAACUUGUCUGAUAUUGUGUCUGGAAACCCAUCCCCUACCAUUUCAAUGGUUUCCAAACAUUCGAAUGGAACCUUAAACCUUUGGCAGCUGACCUUCGGUGAUCAGUCCAAAUUUUCUCAGGUGCUGAGUAUUGGCCACUCAUCGCGUGCGUCGGGCCACCGCUUCCGCGUCAACGACAUCACCUGCCACCCGGUGCUGCCGCUGCUCCUCACCACGUCUCACCACAACACCACCGAUGCUCCCGACACCCCGGCGGCCAGUCCGAACAGCAGAGAGAAGAAGGCCUUUUCUGCUUCCGGGUUCUGCAGCGAACUGAUACUGUGGCGCGUGGAUGCAGUCGGCCCGCUGUCAAAGUCCGGUGGAGUUUCGGAACUCGCAAGGAUAAACUCCCCGGAAAUAUCUGCCUUCUCCAACGUUGCGUGGAUACCGACGCUACUGCCGAGCACGACUCUGGGGAACCUGUGCAACUCGCCGAGCGCGUGCUUCGUGGCCUCGGACGGCAAGAGCCUGCGGGUGUACCAGGCGGUGAUCGACGCGAGGACUCUCCUCGCAGAAGUGUCCAGCUCCGAGCGGAGGAGUCGGAUGAUGGACUCUAUGGUGAGCUUGUCGACAGACGCUUCCUCCGACGAUGGGAUCAGGCAUCCAUCCCUACAUGACAAGAUAAAAAUAGUUUCGCUGCAGUCAACUGCCCGGCCGGGCUGUGUCAUCCAGUUGGAUGCCAUUGCUGAUGCAACUCAUGAUUGGCAGAACACACAGUUCCUGCACGUAUUCCAAGAGCAGCUGAUAACGGGAGAGCGGGUGUCCGAAGACAAAAGUGGUAGUCCUGACCUGGCGUUCAUGGAGACGCAGUUGGCAGCCAUGGUGGACCUGCAGCAGUCUGCAGUGUUUGAGGAGCCGUUUUACAUAGUCGUGCUGGAGCGCACCAACAAGGGCACUGUGGUGCACAUGUGGCGUCUCGUCAUCGCUUCCCAGCCGGAUGAAGCAGUGCUGACGGGCAGCAUGAUGUACGUGCCGGACAGCCAGCUGGUGCAGGACGAGGACGACGAAGACAGGCCCGGCCGCUCCGUCAGCAUCUCCGUGGGCGACCAGCUGGAGGCGGGCGUCCCCGUGCAGACCUCCCACGUCGUCAUAACCACCACCAAGGUGUGCACCCAGGAUCUCCCCCUGCCCGACGGGGUGGAGGUGAUCCACGCUGCCCCGGCCGCUGGCCACCUCAGCUCAGCGUCCAUCUACCCCGCCUGCUUCGCCCCUUACAUUGUGGUCACCGCGUGCUCGGACAGCACCAUCAGGUUCUGGAAAUGUAAAGUCAACAAGUCUGAAGAAAGCAGCGAUGGGCGUAGCUACGAUUGGUGUGAGUGGGAAAUGUUACGGCAAGAGUCUACAAUUGACAUUACCGGUCAGCCAUUGAACAUUAGUGCUGCGUAUAGCGGUCGUAUUGCCUGUGCAUAUAAAUAUGGAAAAUCUUUCACAAGGCCGUCAAAGAAUGACCCGGAUUCUCGAUAUGUGAACUUGUGUGUUGCAAUCUACGAAUGUGAAAGCACAGGAGGUUCAGAGUGGGUCUUGGAGGACACAAUCCACCUCAAGAACAUUCAUUUGCCGCGAAUUAAAGUGGAUCCUCAUUUGGAUUUGAGCUAUCUCUAUGACAGCAAGUUUCUUCAGAAGAAACAGCGUCUCAACCAGAUAAUUCAGACUUUCUCAGCUGAGGACGUGCGAUCGACAAAAAAUGGGGACAACUCCGGCAGUCAUGAACAUCACAACAGUUUGUCAAAACCAGCAAGUGGUUUGCUGGCCGUGCCGAGCUUCAGCACUCUGCAGUCUUUGCGUAAAUCUAUCAUUGAGUGUGGGAACACUUGCCCGCUGACUCAGAAACACCUGGUCCAACUAGACUGGGUGUCCAAGGAAGAUGGCUCUCACAUCCUCACAGUCGCAGUGGGUAGCAAGGUGAUGCUGUUCACUCCAGUGUCCAGCGACCUCGCCCAAGCGAACAUGAAGGCAAUGAAAGAGUCUCAGACGACGAACAGACCCAUCUUGAGGAAGGCAUCGUCGCUAGCGGUGCCGCAGUUUGUCGAUGAGAUCAGGUGGAUGAAGCUGCGCAAGAUUGACUUGCUCACGGCAGAUGGGUUACCCCCGCUUCCAAUGCAAAUUUCUUGGGUUCGCGACGGCAUUCUCGUUGUUGGGAUGGACAGCGAGAUGCAUGUGUACUCCCAGUGGAAACCAGACGUUAACAAGCUGCGGGAGCGAGGGCUUGCUCUUAUCCAUCAGGAGUCGGAUGAAGCACAAGACACCAGAAAUCUGCGGGACGAAGAUCUCAGAACUCUCGCUCAGGAAACAUCUCAGCGGAGGUUGGCUAACGUCAGCUCCAUGCCUCACUUGUCACGUGUCAGCUCUAUCAACUUGACCAUGCUUGACAGCAAGAAGAAAAGAGGGGCGAUCGUGCAAGCGGACCAGUUCAGCUCGGCCGACUACAUGCCCGAUUACGGCUUGUUCGAGGCCAGCCGCAUCGCGUGCCCCGUCCUGCCCCAGUACCACCCCAAGCAGCUCAUGGAGCUCCUCAACUCUGGGAAGAUACGCUGGGUGAAGGCCAUACUCGCGCACCUGGUCAGGUGCAUCUCUGGCACGUGUUCCGUGCGCCAGGGAACGUUCCAGUCCAGCACGGACGAGGAGAGCUUAGUGCGCCAGAGGGGGUGGUCCCGCUCACGCACUCUCUCCGUCAGCUACAUAGGUGCAACAAGCCCGAUGGAACAGAGAGGCUCCACCACGGCGAUACCGGAAGAGCUGACCCUGGACUACGCGGAGAUAUCGUCCAUUCCGCCACUGCCGUUGUGGACCCUGCUGGUAGCGGACAGAGAGACCUUCAGCAGUCUGCCAGCUUCAGAUGUCCAGCAGGAUUAUAAUGACCUUUUCAAUGGAAUUGUGGAUACUGGUGAUGAGAGUUUGGAUGACAUCUUGGAAGAACCAAAUUCUCCAUGCAAUAGGCAUGACCGACGUCCUUCUAACACAGAGAGGCAAGGACUGUCACAUUUUGGUCCAAGACAGGGUCGGCUACUGUCUCGUCUCUUAACACACACCCACCUGCCUGGUUUAUCGAGUCUCGAUCAGAUGCACUUGCUUGCUCUUGCCGAUACUGUGUCAACGUGCAACACAGAUUUUGCAGAGCGCUUUGCGAAUGAUGCUGCAAAAAAUGCUAUUGCCAAAGAGAACCUUACUGGAGUUCCAGAAGGCGAUGAAGUAUCUACAGACUCGCUGGACGACUGCGGCCUGAGGUUCCUCAUGGCCAUGAAGCACUACAACUACCUGCUGCGGUGCCUGCCCCUGGUCCAGCGUGCCCAGUUCCAGCGCCAGGGCGUCGGCUCCUCCAACGUGGUGUGGGCGUUCCACUCGGAGAGCGAGGAGGAGCUGCUGGCGCUGAUCCCGUCGUACGCCAAGGGCAGCCCCCGCUGGGCGCACCUCAAGGAGCUGGGGGUCGGCUGGUGGCUGCGCAACCACACCACGCUCAAGACCUGCAUCGAGAAGGUGGCCAAGGCAUCGUACAUGGUCAGCGAGGAUCCCUUGGACGCUGCAAUCUUCUACCUCGCCAUGAAGAAGAAGAACCUCGUGUGGGGGCUGUACCGCUCCAAGAAGGACGAUCGCAUGACACACUUCUUUUCCAACAACUUCAAAGAUGACAGGUGGCGCAAAGCAGCCCUGAAGAAUGCGUAUGCGCUCCUCGGGAAGCAGAGGUUUGAGCAUGCAGCAGCCUUUUUCCUGUUGGCCGGGGCACUCAAAGAUGCUCUUGAGGUUUGUCUUGACAAACUACAAGAUUUCCAGCUUGCGAUGGUGAUCUCCCGUCUGUAUGAAGGAGAGUUGGACCUCACUCCACCUAGCUUUUGCAGACUGCUCUACGAAAAAAUCCUCGGCUGUGAUGCAGAAGGCGGCAACCAAAACUUGGCGAAUGCCCACCCUGACCCAUUUUUGCGUUCGAUGGCUUUGUGGAUCCUGAAGGAUUAUACCGGCAGCUUGAACACCCUCUUGCAGGCUAGCAUUGGCAGCAUGCACCCACAGUACAAUGACGAGGACAAGGAGAGUCCCACAGCAAAUCCAAAUGUGUUCAAUUUCUACGUUUACUUGCGCACACACCCUCUUCUUAUCAGACAGUACAUAGCAUCUGUAGCACAAGACAAGAAGAAGGCACAUGCAGUAGUACUGUCUGGUUUCAGCUACGGUUCUGAUUCCAGGUCUGGCAACCCGGACAAACAGCUGAUGUUGGAGGACUCGAUCACGCCCCUGGAGCGGCAGCUGUACUUCACGACGGCCCACGCCCACUUUAAGGCCGGCUGUCCCGCGCUGGCGCUAGAGGUCCUGUCCAAGCUUCCGGCCAAGGUCAUGGACCCAGCCUCUGCCGACUCGCCAAGUCUCUUGAACAGCCCUAGCAAAGCACACGUACAAAACUUCCAGAUUGACACAGGCAUUCUGAGCUGGGACAGUGGCAAUGCAACCACAGCUCCUUCCAAGUCUAAUGAUUUAUCAACCAUGGAUUGGUCAGCUCCGGUGUCCAGUUUAGACUGGUCUGAACCGGUGCCACGCAAGGAAGAGGAGCUAGUACUUAAAUGGGAUGAUGAAGACGAAAAAUCGGACGCAGACUCUGACGAUGGGGCGCUGCAAAUGAAAGCACCUGCCGCAAAUGGUGGCGUGGGCGCGGAGAGCGGGUCGGAGGCGGCGGAAGGCGGCCAGCUGGACAUCAUGGCCCAGCAGCUGAAGUUCGUGGCGUGCCUGAAGAUCCUGAUGGAGGAGCUGUCGACGCUGGCGACGGGCUUCGAGGUGGACGGCGGCCAGCUCCGCUACCAGCUCUACAUCUGGCUGGAGCGGGAGGUGGACGCCCUGCGGCAGCUCUGCAACUACAGCUCCGGCGACGCCGAGGCCGUCUGCGCCGUCGAUGAAACUGUGGCCGAUGGCAUUGAUGUGCUUCGAGAGCAUGCGGCCACUCCCACCGCCGUGGUGCGGUCGGGAGACAAACCCACGCUCCAUGAGAUUCUCAUGGCCGAGAAGCUUGACUUCGAGGCAAAAGUGCAAAGGGCAGCCAAAAGGAAGAAAUGGUUGAAAGCCAACGAGACGCUGCUGCGCACGCUGCUGAGCUACUGCAGCCUGCACGGGGCGAGCGGCGGCGGCCUGGCCUCGGUGCGCAUGGAGCUGGUGCUGCUACUGCAGGAGCUGCAGCAGGAGAAGACCCAGCAGCAGCUGCUGUCGCCGCUGCCCUUCCCCACCACCCUGCCGCUGCUGUCGGCCAGCGUCGCCUGCCACAAGACCGUGGUCGCCGACCCCGUGCGCCUCCUGCAGUCCCAGGCGCAGGACAUGCUGCAGACGAUAGUGGAGCUGCGGGCGCCUCCGAUGCCGUCCCGCAUGCACUUCAGCGAGGUCUUCGUGCUGAGGGACCUGGCGAUCGCCCUGUCCGCCUGCAUCUACCAGUCGCUCUGCGACUCCGACACCUUCAGCAUCAAGCAGCAGGGUGAAAAUUUUGGAUGUUCCAGCUUCCAGAGCUCUGGAAUAGAGUCCCUAGCACGCAUAAACAUAAUGUACCCGAGCAGCCACUUGGUCCAGGGACACACCCGCAGACGUCGUUACAGCAGUGACGAGCCACUCCAAGUCACCACGCCACCGUCGAAAUGGCCCGGCGUGACAAAUCUGCGCGCGCUCCUGGCCAGAGAGAAGGACGAAGAUACGCCUCGUCUGAACGUGCUGCUGUGCGAAGCGUUCGUUGCCACCUACAUGAGUCUCAUCGUGUACGCCCUGACGACGUGCGACUCGCUCAUCCUGUAUCGACUGGUCGGCCAGAAGUUCUCCACCCAGACUUGGGCCAUGCUGUUCGGCGGUGGAGUCAAGAAGCUGCUGAAAGUGGCGGCUACGAACAGCGUUGCUACCCAGAACGGCAGUCUGGAGCGAGAGUCGAGCGUCGGCAGCGAGGGGGGCGUGUGGACCACCGUCACCAGCCUGACGAAGCAGCGGGUGCGGCUGAACAUGAAGCUGCUGGGCCAGUUCGGGUCGCAGGCCGGCACGCCGCUCAUGAAGGAAGACAAGCCCACCUACAGGGAGCAGUUCGUGUCGCCGGAGAUGUCCAUGGUCUCAUACUUCCUCAUCAAGCCGCAGCUUCCCGCGGAGGUGGAGGAGGUGGACUACGACUCGGCGGACUCGGCGGUGAGCGACCUGGACUCGGAGCCCGAGGAGGACGUGUUCGACACGGCGGCGCCCGUCGCCGGCCUGCUGAAGGACAACACGGAGCACAGCGACCCCAACAGCUACAGCUGGUGGGUGCUGCGGCUGGCCAUCCUCAAGGUCGUGCAGGCCCACCUGCAGGACUUCCUCCAGGUGGCGGGCAUCGAGAUGCAAGAGCUCCCGGUGAGCAGCCCGCUGGUGCACGGAAUUUUGCGGACGGUGAGCCACUGGCAGGACAUCCUGAGGGAGGAGCUGGACUCGAGGAGGCCGCCUCCCGCCGACUACAUCCCGGGCUGCUACGUGGAGACGACGGCCACCGGGCCGGCCAUCCACAAGUACCGCUCCUUGCUGGAGAAGCACAACACCCCCUUCCACACGAAGCAUGCGUCGGCCGCCCCGGUGCGUCGGCUGUGGUUGUUCCUCGUCCGGCAAGAAUCCGUCCAGGAGAUAUUCAUACGCGCAGUGUUCGGGAAGCGACGCACCGUCUCGUCGGUGAUGGAGAACCCGCUGGUCGUGGACAGCGUGAGAACGGCCGAGGAGAAAGUGUCGACGGAGCCAAGCGUGUGCCUCCCGGAGCCAGUCAGAAUCAUCCACAAAGAGCAGGAUUCCAUCUGUGCCUUCUGUCUGAAUCAGGCGUCUCCUGGCUACCUUGCGCUGUGCACACCCAGGGAAGUGCAGGAGAUGGACAUAUCUCUGCUGCUGGAGCUGCCGUCAUGGCUGGAAGACGAAUGCGAGUUUGACAUCAUGAACCUGAACAGGGAGCCAGAGUCGUACCCAGCGUCAGGGUUCCUGGUGAUACAGACGCCGUCGGACAAGCCCAUGCUGGCACAGCCGGCGGCUCCGAACAUCCAGAACUACAGCACUCCCUCCAGCCCGCAGCCCAGCUCGGGGCUGAGCGGGCAGACCGGCCGAGGGGCCUCCGUGGUUUUGAAACAUCGUGUGGAUGGAAUAAGAAGAAUCACCUCCCAUCCUUUACUACCCCUGUACCUGACCGGCUCGCAGGACGGGUCCGUGCAGAUGUGGGAGUGGGGCCAUGCGCAGCACGUUGCUGUGCCCCGCCCCGCCGGCACGUUCGCCAAGGUGACGCGCCUGCGCUUCAGCGAGCACGGCAACAAGUUCGGCGUGGCCGACGGCGACGGCAACCUGAGCCUGUGGCAGGUCGGGCUGGGCUCCUUCGCCAGCCGCCCGUUCUUCACUGUCCAAUGUCACAAUAAAGGGACGAGUGACUUUGUGUUCCUGAGUUCGUGCAGUAUGCUAGCUACUGCAGGCCACAGCUCGGAAGGCAAGAACGUCGUUCUCUGGGACACGUUACUGCCGAUAAAGAAAGCUAUGCUUCAGUCGUUCGUGUGCCACGAGCAAGGGGCGUCCAGCCUGGUGUACGCGCCCCAGCACCAGCUGAUAAUCUCGGCGGGGAAGAAGGGCGCAGUGUGCAUCCUGGACGUGCGACAGAGGCAGCUGCGGCACCGCUUCGUGGCCCACGAGUCCCCGGUCAAGUGUCUGGCCAUCGACCCCGGGGAGGAGUUCUUCGUCACCGGUGCUGCCGACGGGGACAUCAAGGUGUGGGGUUUGUCGAUGCACAGCCUGCUGUACUCCUUCCCCGGCGAGCACGCCCGCUCCAGCUUCUUCAAGAACAUCGGCCAGGGCGUGACGCAGCUGCAGGUGGACGCGGCGGGCCGACUGUUCUCGUGCGGCGCCGACGGCUCCAUGAAGGUCCGGCAGCUGCCCGAGAGAGACGUUGCGCCGCACGGCGCCUACUAGUUCACGGUACUUAUACUGAGAAACUCAAGAUACCUAUUGAACAAGAGGCGUGUCUAGAAGUAUCUCAUCCUGCUAGAAUUAUUUACCUAACAUUUGAAGGAAAUUGAAUUUUAGUACAAGGUAGUAUCAUAUUAUUUAAUUGGCGCUAUUUAUUUUCAUAACCGUUUUGUAGUUUAGUGUGAGAUAUGAUCGACUUCAAUUGUUUUUGCUGCUGUGAAUGCUCUGCUUCCGUUCUUGUACCAUGUACCCAUUCUAUCUAAUUUUCUUCAACGUGUACACUUUUCCAAACUGCACAGGAUGGUAACAAGUGAGAGUUUGUAGCUGAUCUGUAAUAUGCAUUGGUAUUGUUAGUUAAAAUGGGAUUAUUUUGCUUGAAAAUUAAGUCCAGUUUUCCAAGUAGUACUAUAUAUGUACAGUGUUCAUGCAAAAGGUAGAGGAAUAAAAUUACCUACCAAUGAUGUCCCAGUGGACACUGAAAGAUAUAUUUUAGUAAGCACUGAAGCGUCAGUCUAUGAUAGGACAUGCUUACUAGUCACCAAAAUUCUGUACUGUGUUUAACAGUUUAUACUGGAACUGCAAAUAAACGUGUCAGAAAAUGUUUGCUUUGAAGUAUGUUCAUACAUUUGUGUUUGCUAAAUCAUUGAAAUUUGUAUAAUUCCAUUUGAAUGGCUCAUACUAAUGGUUCUAUGUAUACUUUAUUGCCAGUCCAUAGAAGUAUAUAAAAUGUGUUUCAUUUACUAUUGGUAGUAUUAACAGUUGAAAUUUGCGAUGUAAAAAUUUCAAAUGGACUAUGUAUAGACAAUUAUAGGAAAACUAAAUAAUUUUUAUUGCUUACUAUAUGAGAAUAUUAAAUUUUGAACUUGCAGACAUGAAAUCAAAAUGUAAAUCUUCUUUUAGAAAAUGGUUUCUGAAGUUAAUCUGUGUAUGUAUAGUGUGUUUUUCAGCUAUGGGUCAUUUCUCUUAUCACUUACUUUCUGUUACCCAAUACAAAAUCAAAUACCAAGAUCAAAUUGUAUCUUUGAGAGAAAAUUUGGCCAGGAACAGAUAAAAGAAGUCUUUGCAUCUAAACUGUUUUGACUUGCCACAUGUCAUGUUAUAAUGUUGCCCAAGGAAUUAAAUAAUUAUUUUCAUGUGAUACUGGCUUAAGUAUCUAGUGGACAAUAACAUCUUUAGAAGUAAUGUAGCAAUACGUAUAUAGCAUAUUUGUUGUGGAAUGUUAAAGUAAAGAGAUAAUAUUAAAAUCACAUUUGAAAAACAGUAUUCCAACCUAUCCACAUUUAUAAAUCGGUAGAUGUUUCUUCCUCUUGUAUUCCUAACUACAAAUGUGUAUUGUCUUUCAUGUAGCUGUCUGUGUUUCAUGUUGAAAUGUUUAUUGGAAUAUUAUAACAUUUGAUCACCUUAAACGUAUCUUGAGAUGUCGGUGCUUGGAAUUGGAGUUUUAUUCUGUUCUACGGCUAAUCCAGCUAAAAAAAUAAAUAAAUAAAUAAAUAAAGUAGAGAUAUGAGACAUGCAAGUCUGUAUGAAUUUAUACACUUCUUAAUUAAUGCCUUCAUUGUGACAUUUAUACAUGUUAAAGCUAUCCAAAAUAUUACUAAUUUGACAUAUUUCACUUAUUUAUUUUGAAAUUUUUCGUUUGGGAUUGGUGAUACUGUUUUUGAAUUUAUAUUUAUACAUAUUCUUGUAAGUGAUUGUUUAUGACAGCCAAUAGGCAUUUUCUUUCAAAUUCCUUCUUUACUAAAAAUAAUUAUAAUGUGUACAGUAUUGUCACCCUGUAUUUCUAGCUAUUUCUUAUUUACUCUACUUCUUCAUUUGUAUUUAAUCUAGAUUUAUAAGCUUGUAGUCAAUAUAUGUAUUCACCAAUUGGAUUCCUGUAGGUAUUUGUGUGUCUUUUUCUUAUUACAGCUUCAUGCCUUUUGCCUCCAAUAUUUUACCUGGUAUUUUAAUGAACUUCAACAUUAUCAUUAUUGUAUAAUAAACAUAGUUCAUUAAUUUAUUUACAUAAAACUUCAAUUCACUGUACUGUGUUCAGAUAUAUUUAAAUUUGGGUAUGACUGCAUAAUUCUUUAAUUCUUUGUUUUGAAAAUGUGUGUCGGUUAUUGUCAUUAUUUGUAAAAGAAUGUAUACAUUCAAAUAUUGCACAUAUGUUUACAUAUUUUAUAUUCUAAUCCUUUAUGUUAACAUAUUCAUAUGUGUACUGCAUUGCUAGAAAAUAUUUAUCUUGGUUUUGAAGAAAACUUUGUGUUUUCAUUAAAUUUAUAGUUGUGGUUUUUAGUGACUGACUAAAGUCAUUUAAAUGUAUUCGUAUGUUUCUCAGGUGUAAGCUUUCUGUGCUUAUCUUUUGCAUGGUGGCAAAAUAUGCCAGGAAAGGUAUAGUGAGGUAAAAUAUGACAUACAACAUUGCAUACAUAUACAUAAAGACGUACUAAUAGAACAAGAAGUAAGAAUGUGUGUUGAAAAUAACAGAGUGAAAGGAGACGUGUGCCAUAAAAGCAUUAAAUGUUUGUGCUACAGAAAACAUGUUCUUUGAAUUGUACUGCAGGUUUAAGUAUGUUUGUGUUUUAGGACACACUUUUAUGGCUAGUGAUUGUGACUGUGAGUUAAUUUUUUUUUUUGUUAUUUGGAUGUGUAUAUUAAAUGUUAAAUGUAAAUAGUGUUUGAUUGUAUUUUCAAAAUAAAUUAUUCUCUGUAAA